CCAAUGAUGAUCAAUAUAAAAGGAAGACAGGUAAGAAAGAGAUUAUAAACCUGUGCAACAUUCGCUCUGCGCAACACCGGUCAUUGGAACAAUUAUAAUACUUAAAAAUGUCGAAAGUCAUUUUACUGCUCUUCACCGUUUUUUUGAUGGUAAGCUUCGUUGUGGCUCAAGGUGCCUCAACUGCAGCUCCAAUGUGUAAACCAGGAGGUCGUAUCUGCUCUUCAGAUACUGAGUGUUGCGUCGGGCUUAUAUGUAAUCCUUGGGCCGGCAGAUGCACCAAGCCAAAAACUACUACUGCUGCGCCAGCUCCCAGCAAGAGUGGGAACUUUGUUUAAAAAAAAAAGUUACAAUGUAUUUAAUAUCUUUGUGUUCUACUGAUGAGUUAAACACAAGUUCUAAAGCAUACAAUGUUUUUUUUUCUAACAUGUCGAAGUUAUACUCGUCUUCGUGAAAUCCAAUAAAAUACCAUAAGCAUGACAGAUUAA